GCCUAGGGAAGAAGGCGUUGUUACUUCAAACAGCAAAAAUAAUAAUUUGAAUUCUACACCAAAAAAUUUAGAGGAAAAAGUUCAUCUUUUAAUUGGAAGGAAGCAAAGAACACUUUAUAAAAAAGAGAAAAUUGCGUCUAAAAAAGAAUCGAAAAGUGUUAGUGGACAGGAAAUGAUUCAGGCUUUAGACGUUUAUACAGCAUCUAGUAGCAGCACAGAAGAAUGCGUAGCAAAAUUACGUGCAGACCCAGAGAAUGGACUUUCCCAAGCAGAAGCUUCAAGACGACUUGGUUUUAGUGGUUAUAAUGAAUUUGAAGUGAAGAAAAGUGAAUCUCUUUUGGGAAAAUAUUUUGAACAGUUUAAAAAUCCAUUAAUUUGUCUACUUCUUUCUUCUGCAAUUGUUUCAACUGUUAUGAAACAAUUUGACGAUGCCCUUUCAAUUACUGUUGCUGUAAUGAUUGUUGUUACUGUUGGUUUUGUACAGGAAUAUAGAUCUGAGAAAACAUUGGAAAAAUUGAAUAGGCUUGUGCCUCCAACUGCACAUUGUAUCCGUGAUGGAAAGAGCGUUACUUUUUAUGCAAAAGAGCUUGUUCCAGGUGAUCUUGUUUUGCUUAAUACGGGUGAUAGAGUACCUGCAGAUGUUCGUAUACUUGAGUCAAUUCAACUCCAAAUUGAUGAAUCUUCCUUUACUGGCGAAAACGAAGCGAGAUAUAAACAUUCAAAUUUAAUCCCAGCAAAUUCUAGAACUCCCCAUGUAAAUGGAAUUAUAGUUAAUGGACAUUGUAAUAUUGAAUGUGAUGGGGGGAUUGAACAUUUGGACAAUAUUGCUUUUAUGGGGACUUUGGUUUGCUCUGGAAGAGGAAAGGGUGUUGUGAUAGGCACAGGAGCUAAUUCGAAAUUUGGUGAAGUCUUUCAAUUAAUGCAAUCUGAGGAAUCUCCAAAAACCCCACUUCAAAACAGUAUGGAUCAAUUAGGAAAGCAAUUGUCUUUUUAUUCUUUGGGUGUUAUUGGUCUAAUUUUCUUUAUUGGAUUAAUUCAAGGAAGGCCAGCAAUGGAUAUGUUUACAAUUGGUGUUAGUCUUGCUGUUGCUGCAAUUCCUGAAGGUCUUCCAAUUGUUGUUGCAGUUACUUUAGCUAUUGGUGUUAUGAGGAUGGGAAAUCGAAAUGCUGUAGUUAAAAAAUUGUCAGCUGUGGAAACCCUUGGAUGUGUAACGGUUAUUUGUUCUGACAAAACUGGAACUCUCACAAAAAAUAUGAUGACUGCUUGUGUUGUUAUUGCAGCAGAUGAUUGUCAGGCUGAGGUAACGGGUACUGGUUAUGACCCUUCAGAUGGAGAUUGUCGUCUGCAAAACGGAGAAUUAGUUUCUGGAAGUGAACGUCACCCUUCCAUUGCUUGUGUUAUCGAAAUUGGCUGUAUUUGUAACAAUGCACAAUUGGCAAAUGGGACAGUUAUUGGACAACCAACAGAAGGAGCUUUAAUGGUUUUGGCGAUGAAAACAAAUAUGGAUACUUUAUGCAAUAAUAUUCGACGUCUUCAUGAAAUUCCUUUCACUUCUGAUAGUAAAUGGAUGGCUGUUCAAGUAGAACAAUUAAAUAAGCCAGGCGAAGCUGAAACAUUGGUAAAAGGAGCAAUUGACAGAAUUCUAGAUAUCUGUAUUGGCUAUUUAGAAAAUGGAAAUAUAAAAAUGUUAAUGACUAGAGAGAAGUAUGAUCAAAUAAUUCAAACAGCUAGUGGCUUGGUAAUUGGAAUGGCUAGAGGUUCAGAUAUGCGUUCUCUUUAUUAUGCUGGACUUGUUGGAAUAUUGGAUCCUCCUAGACCUGGAUGUCGUCAAUCAAUAGAAAUUGUUCAGUCAGCUGGAGUUUCUGUAAAAAUGGUGACUGGGGAUGGGCUGGAAACUGCUACAAGCAUUGGUAUUCGUCUUGGACUUCACAAGCAGAACGAUAAUUGCCUUUCUGGUCCUCAAAUUGAUGAUUUAAAAGAUUCAGAAUUGGAGCAACUUAUUCAAAGUGUUACAAUAUUUUAUAGAGCUUCUCCUAGACAUAAGUUACGAAUUGUUAAAGCCCUUCAAAAUAUUGGAGAAGUUGUGGCAAUGACUGGGGAUGGGGUAAAUGAUGCUGUUGCUCUUAAAAAAUCUGAUAUUGGAGUUGCUAUGGGAGAAUCAGGAACUGAUGUUUGUAAAGAAGCUGCUGAUAUGGUUUUAAUAAAUGAUGAUUUUAGUACAAUAAAAGCAGCAAUUGAAGAAGGAAAGGGAAUAUAUCAUAAUAUUACAAAUUUUGUAAAAUUUCAAUUGAGCACAAGUGUUGCAGCAUUAUCACUCAUUGCAAUUUCUACAAUUUUUCAUUUUGAAAAUCCGCUUAAUGCAAUGCAGAUUCUUUGGAUUAAUAUAAUUAUGGAUGGACCUCCAGCCCAAAGCCUUGGUGUUGAAAAUGUUGAUGCUGACAUAAUUAAACAGCCACCACGUAAUGUCCGAGAGCCGUUAAUCAACCGAUCACUCAUUAUUAGCAUAAUAUCUUCUGCAACAAUAAUUAUAUCUGGAACACUUUUUGUAUUUUAUAAAGAGGUUUUUUUAUUUUAAAUUUUUUUUAUAUUGUUCUUGACCUGUAUUAAAUUGUUUGGGCAAAAUCCUAGACUGGGGAUGGAGGUGGUUGACAAUCUCAUUACCCGGUCUAAGGUCCCUUUUUUCCAUUUUCCUCAAAAUUUCACUUUUUUGACCCUUCCACUGUCGCUUUUUUUCUACUAGUUUUAUUUUGAUCAAUCUUCCUAUUUCUAAUUCGUG